UGCCGCUGCAGCAAAAGAGCAGGCAUCGCAAGGUAUUUUCUCGUAACGAGAAGGCCCGCCUCUUGUUCUGGGAAGAGCGGCUCAGAAAGAAGCAGGUCACGGGCCAAAUAGUGGUGUGCAGAAGAGCAGAGUGGAACCCAUCUGGCUGCAGUACCUGUGAUCCGCUCACGGGCGAUAUGAAAGGAUUGACCUUGCACAGAAGAAGGCGAUAUUUUUAGGAAUAAUGUGUACCGGAUCGAUUGAUGGCAGAGUCGCUCUUGCGCAAAGAUAGACUUGAGAGAUCUCUAUCUCUGACGUGCCACGGCGUGGUGGCAUGGUACCUGGCGAUCAAUUUACCAGCCGAGACUGCAUCUUUGCCCUGCCUGUUAUCGAGCCGCGGUUGCAUACCCAAGCGAUUCUGCCCUAGAGUGGUAUUGGGAUCACCGGCACAGCGAGGAAAGUGUCCAGUGAAGCAUUUGGGAGACCGUGAGUUGACAGGCUGCUUUGGACGCGUCAACUUGGCAGAGACGACAAUGUCCGUUCGUUUCAUCUUGCUGUCUUGUGGGGUGUGCGCUUCCCGUUCCAACGGUGUCUUGCCGAACCGGACGUGGAACCUGAAGAUCAACGAAUCUCUUCUUCCUCAGUGCACUUCCGGCGUCAAUAGAAGGGUUGUUUGCCCGUCUUGCAAAGCUCAGGCCUGGGUCGCCUGGCCUUGGUUCGAUCUUUUGUUGAUGCUUGCCCUAUCUGUUGGAGAGGCAGAUCUGCCCUCAGCUCUCGUGUUUCGACUGGUCACCUCCGCCUAGAUUCUUCUGAGAGCCUCAACAAUUGUUCAUCGAGUUUCAAUGCUCUUCGUAGGUCUUUGACAGCACCUCGAUGAGGCUGACGCGCCCUCCAAAGAUUCGCAGCUUGUGGAUGACAACUGUGCAAGUGGAAUAGUCUGACGGCUAUCACUAACGCUCAUACAGUAUCUGCGUGCAGUAGCGUGAUGGGCGGCACCAU